AUGGCCGAGUUCCCGUCGAAGGUGCACCUCACCUCCCACCCCUUCUUCCUGAGGAACCACGGGCCCUCGGUGUACGAAGACAAUAACCAUCGCACAUGGUUGCACCUCAUCAUGGAGACAGAAGGUGUCCUGCAGGUACGGUUACGCCAGGAAGACAUCCCCAGUGGGUAUUUCGCACUCACCACCAGUCCCCUGACCUCGAGCACCAUGCCUUUUAUGUGGAUGCUCUACGCUGAUAGCCAGUACGUGGACUCUAUGUGCAGGUUCUGGCGCAUCGUGCACCACAUCAAGGAGGAUGGAGUGGAGGAAAUGAUCCUUGAGCUGAUAGUCAACUCGUAG